AUGGUAGCUGAGCAAAUAAUGAGAGAAGACCAAGAGUAUGUUCGUAAUCCUAAAGAUCUAGUUAGACAUAGAAAGGAUCCCAAAAGUUUUUUUGAUUAUAUGGCACUCAUGAGUGAAUUGAUUGAGGUGCAGCCUUCCAACUUUCAGGAGGCAUCUAAGAAUCAGGCUUGGAGGGAUGCCAUGGUGGAAGAGUAUUCUUCCAUUAUGAAGAAUAGCAUGUGGGAGGUAGUGCCACGACCCAAAAACAAGUCCAUGGUAGGGUCGAGAUGGUUGUAUAAGAUCAAGAAUGUUGCAGAUGGUAGUGUGGAAAAGUAUGAAGCAAUAUUUAUGGCUAAGGGGUUUUCUCAAAAGGAAAGGAUCGAUUAUGACGAGACCUUUGCUCCGGUAUCCAGGUACUCAUCGAUAAGGGCUAUCAUUUCUGUAGCAGUGCAGAUGGGUUGGCAGAUACACUAG